AUGAAGGUGUUCGCUCUUCUCUUGUUCGCUGGAGUUUCCCUUGCCCACUAUCGAGGUAGUACAGCUAUCUACUUUGUAUAUCUUGCAUAAAAAUGGAAGAAUUUUAUAGGUUAUAGAAUAAUUUUUACUUAAAAUGUCCCGGCUAUUCUUUAGUUCGCAUCUAGAGUCCUAGGACAGUUUAUGUAACGGUGUCCAGCAAAGCAAAUAGAGGUGCUUUCUGGACCAUUAACAGCUCAAUCUACUUGCAUUUUUUCAGCUAUACAAUGCGACAAAGAGCGGAAGAUAUAAAAAAUUUGCAGAACAAGCUACCAAGCAAUGUUAUAGCUAGAAGAAGCCCUCGAAGAAAUUUUUUUGGGAACGAUAAAGAGGCGGUCAAGGGCGGGGUUAAUCCAUUGCUUGUUGAAGCAAAUAUGUUCACCUCUUAGGGUACGAAUACCAAUUGAAUAACUUUCUUAUUGCCUGAUUGAAAUUCUUUUCGAAAAUUGCAGGUAAUCACGUAAGGCAGAGGGGUACCUUUCUACAGGAAACUCGGGUGAACGGUAAGAAUUGCUUACAAAGCAAAUUUUUUAAAAUUCUGUUUUGUUCCAAUGAUUGCGGAAAUUUUUGUCGAAAAGCUAUAAAAUUUAUCAAACAGCAAAUCAAUUCACUUGGCGAAACGCAGCUCACUUCCAUGUCAAUGAAGGCAGAAAAAAAAAGCUGGAUAAAAUAACAAAUCAAGCCAGUGCUUGCAAACAUGCGUGCUAGAGUCGCUCACAAACCUAAACAGCUUUGUUACCAAAAUUACUAAAGAUUCCUUUGAACUGUCACCGGAAAAUAGCAAUUUUCGCACAACAAAACAAUUUCACGGCCUUUAUUUAUAAACCUUGAUCUGCAAUUAAUUGAUUAGAUUUAGUGACGUUACAUGACAAUGCACAUUUCUUUCAUCGGUCAAACUUCACAAUAGAAAAAUGUACUUCGCUCGUUUUUUCUGAUUAACAGCAAUUAGGUCACGUUUUGAAUCCAGAUUGCCCAAGAUGCCUUAUCUUUUCAGUGUUUUUUUUUAUUAGAAAUGGAAAACAUCUUCAACUUAAGCAGUCGAGGUUCUGAGAAAAUGAGAUUUGUCUACCAGAGUCCUUUAGGAUCUUACGUUAACCUUUUAAUCCUUUGGAGUGACCAGCAUCUAAUUUCUCCUUACAAUAUCACCCCUGAAUCACACAUUAAAAUCACAGGAAUCAAGGAAAUGAUCACCGAUUAAAGAAGCUCUUGAUUUUUAAGCAAAUUCUCCUUGCCACAAGCUUAGAAACUGUGCAGAGAACAGUACGGAGAAUAUGCAUACUGAUGUCAGGGUGUGAAGGAUGAGAACAUCCGCAAAGCAUCUUCUGUUGGAGAAACCGGUUGAAGUCCCAGAUCUGAAAUAUGUUCUCCUUUCGCUCCAGCCAGUCGUAAAAUUGAUUUAUUUAAGUCAGAGCUUUCCAAAUUUCAAACUCAGUGAGGAACGUGACCCUAUGUCUACCUGACAUGUGUACGCGAUCUGCUGUUAUCAUUAUUAUGUACCUGAAAUACACCAGAUGUCAUCAUUUCCGGUCUUUAAACAAAGGAAGGACUCAAAUAAUAUAUUUUUGCGUAGGCGACAGAGGAAAUAUCAUCGUUGUCUCGGAAUAAAGGCUUCUAUUCAGAUAGCUCUAAGAAAAACAACAGUUUUCAGCUGAGCGUGAAUAUUCAAUUUCGCUGCAAAUCGCUUGACUCGUCCAUACCGGUAUUGAUAAUUUUAUAUUGCAGCAAAUAAGAUCAUAUUUCUGAUAUAUCAAUCAUAUGCGCGGUGUCUUAUCUUCAAAGUCAAGUAAUCACCUUACCUUUCUUUCAACAAUGCUGUCGUUUUUCCUAAAGCAAUUCUCCAAACCUGGAUCAAUCGUCCCUAAUUUCAUGGUUUGUUUUGUGAGCGUAAAAUGUAUUGACAAGAGUAGAUACGUGGUGUUCAGAAGACAACUUUUCUUUCUUUUUUCUCCCUUUUUUUCCUAAGUUGAAUGGAACGCGUGACAUUUCUUUGUGAAACUGAUAACGGAAGAGGCAAUAUUUAUUAUCCCCAGUUCCCAGCAGCAAACAAGUUACGCAAUCUGUAUCAAUAUGGCGUCUACCCCGUAAAUAGGACAUCAAAACGUCUGCGUCUCACUCCAGAUUUUCGCAAGAUGUCGUUCUUCUUUCUUAUGUGUUCCAACGAUUUUCCCAGGCAGGCGACAUUUCUAUCUGUUUAACUGAGAAUUAAUCCGAAGUGGUUAUUUCUUUCACGGAUUAAUCUUGAAUAUGUGACGUCACGCGCUCGGGUCCAGUCUAAGCCUCGCAGCGAUCUCACGGGCAUUCUCAGACUUCCUUCGUUCAAAUCUACUUCACGAGAGGGGUGGGUAGUUUUGCGUUCGAGAAAUUAAGCUAUACAGGUCGCGAUUCGAACUGAUUUUAAGUGUUAAGAAGAAAACAGCAUAGAUUUAAAAAAUUUUCUUUCUGAAUUUUAAACACGUUUACUCCUAAAUUGACGUCCAUGGUCCUCUGAAUUUUUAAAAGUAAUUCAAUUUGGUUAUCGAGCUAGGCUUAUCAUUGAACGAAAUAUUACAGUGGUAUCUUAAGCCCUUCCUCGGCUGAUAAGGACAUUAAAACAACUUCCCAUUGAGCGGCUUGCAAUUAGAUCUUAAAAAUUAAAGAGAUCACGUACUGAUGAACUAUUAACGAGGAUUGUCAACCGGCACGCGAAUUUUUUUAACAGCAUUGAACAUUCUCCAGACAGUGAGACUAAUGACCAGUGACCCUUUAAUCCUAUAGAUUGUCUAGCAUCUAGUUUCUCCUUAAAAUAUCACGCUUGAAUCAAACAUUAAGGUCAUGAGAGUAAAGGAAAUGAUCACCAAUUGAAGUAGGUCUUGAUUGUCAAACAGAUUCUUGUUGAUAGUACUACAGGACAUGUUUAGAGAACAGCAUGGAGGUUAACAAUAAAUAAAUCCCCCCAAAACGUUACUGAUUAGGUUUGAACGAACUUUACAGCAUCAAAACAAUCGCAAGUAAACUGUCUUUUUCGUUAAAUUUGAUUUAUCUUUUACUAAACGUUGCUACUACAAUUUUAACUAAGAAAAUGUCAUGAAGGUGAUUGAGUUGAAAUUUGGCACCGUAUUUUUGGUGUCAAGUUACCACAUAGCGACAAAAUCGAAAGGCCAAUUUCCAUUUUCUAUUAUGGUUUUUGUUUUUUCUUUCAGAGUACAAGAAAUCCCACACCUACACAUACGAGUAUGUCGCAUCGGUGAACAGCGGUUUCCCUGAAACGGAGGAGCGGUAUGCAGGACUGAAGAUCACGUGUGACACAGACUUUUACUUCGAGACAGACACUUUGGCUUAUUUGAAGGUUGGUAUUCCUGUGGUGUCUCCUGCGGUCAUGUAGUACCUUAUACUAUGCUGCACAAGGUGGUUCUAAGGGACCACUCAUUAUUUAUCGCCUUGGGAGGGGGAGGGGGAAGGGUCGCAGAGUUUUUUGAGGGGGGACUGAGAGUUUCAGAAGGAACGGAAGAGGGAUCAGUCAUGCUAACAGAGCGUUAAGGGGGGGGACGGCAAUAGAAAAUUGACUGUUGACUACUGACUGCUGACUGCUGAUGAUGAGGGGAUGGAACGCUACCAGCAUACUACAGGGCCUAAGGGGGGAUGGAGGGUUAUUUUUUUGUGACACAACCAAAAUCUUCUGACUUCUUUCCUCCUCCCCUUCUCGUGAUAAAUAAUGAUCGGUCCCAGUGUGUGGAAGAGACCCUAGUGUGUGACCAUUCUAGUGAAAGCUGGAAAUAAAAAAAUUCAUAUGGUACUAUUUAUUAUGUUGUUAAAGCGGAUCUAAGUCUGUAGAUGAAUCCCUGGUGCAAGGUCAUUUAAAUCAAAUUAUUCAAAUUUUUCUUUUCUUUGUAGAUAAGAAACCCAAUUCUGUACGAAGUGAACGUAACAUCCUUCGACCAAUCAGAGUCACACACUGUCUCCCCAGUCUCCAAUGAACUGAAGCCGUUGCUGGAACGACCACUCAAGUUUGAGUACAAAGAGGGAAAAGUAGGUCAGAUUUUCUGCAAUGACGAUGAGCCUGAGUACAUUUUGAACAUCAAAAGAGGAGUUCUUUCCAUGAUCCAUCACAAUUUCACCAAGCCUGAGUCUUCAUUACAUCACCGUGAACCAAGACUGUACAAGAACUGGGAGGUAAGCUGAAAAGUUUCCCACGUCCUUGAUGUGUUACAAAAUGGAUGAAUCGAAUAAGCUAUGUUUUGGUCGACUUUGGGUUGUUUCAACAAUGACUUCCGUUCCGCAAAUCUUCGUUUUUAGAUUUCCUCAUUUGAAACCUUUUAUGCGCAGACAGGAAAAACAUUUCGAGAUAGUGAAAUAUGCUAGUUGAAAAUUUGUGCCGUUAAGAAAUCCACCUUGUUUUCCAGCUAAUUGUAUUACGAUAAAACCUCCCACAUAUUUUUACCCUCUUAAAGAGUCGCUACAAGUUUUCAUUUACAUCAUUACGUUCCUUUCACGCAUGCUACACUAGUUUCUGAUCUGAGAGGCGAGGUUCCUUCAUGCGUUAGAAACCGUGGAAUCAGCUCUGGCAGAAAUUGUGCUUCUCUUGUAUUCUAGGCUACAGAUAUAUCAAAUAAAUUUUUCUUUCUAAUCUUUGCAGUUCAGCACUCAUGGAAUGUGUGAAAACCUGUAUGAUGUGCGUCACAACACACUGGAGACCAACACAAUCAAGGAAUUGCAAAUUACAAAGACCUUAAACCUGCACAGCUGCAUUGGAAAACCCCGCGUGUUUUCAAACGUACCAGGAAUGCGCUGUCUUAGCGAGGACUGCAGCGUCAUUGAUGAGGUAUGCAGGCAAAGACUUAAAGAAAUAAAAACAUAUCUUACCACGCCAUGAAGGAAGCCUUUGAAAUUGUUGAUCCUUUCAUGGCAGUUUGCAGGGCCUGUCUCAUAUUUGAACGUAGUUCAGAGCCUGCAGUCCUGGUUUCUCAGUAACAUCUCUGCAGCUCAUUGGGUGGGGCAUUUGUCUGGCUGGUGUUCAAAUUCCCAAAAAGAAAACAACAAAAAAUGGAAACUGAAAAAGACUGAAAAGCAGAUCAAAAACAGCAACAACAAAAAACAUCACAAACAGAAAAAAGAAACCAAACCAAUUAAGAAAACAAAAUCUGAACAAAAAGCAAAACAUGAUUUGGAUGUGAUGUUAAACAAGAAUAUAGCCAAUCUUUCUUUUUAAACAAAAGAAAUCCUCAUGAAGAUACAGCUAACAAGUAAACAAAAAAUAUGAGAAGGCAAUACAGAAAAACAAGCAGAAAACGAAAAGAAAAAGAAAAAAGCAAACAAAAACAAAAGAUGAACGAGGAAAAAAUCCAAAACAAAUAGUUAUUUUUAAUAAUCAUUGAAUUCCAUCACCCGGGUCUUCCUUUCUUUUCCAGCCCCUACAGAUCUCUGUGUCAGCAUCAUGUGAUCUUUUCGGAACCGAGGAACAAUUUGUGGUGAAGGAUUGUAGAACGAUGGGAAGAUACAUUUUUGCACCAACACAGAUGAAAGGAGAUGCCAGAACUUUGACCAAGUAUGUAGAUGUGAAAAGAAAUAACUUUAAAAUGAACUAUUGACUUGGCUUCUAGUUUACACUUUCCUCGUUACAAAUUUCUAAGAGUUAGGUCCAGAUUAUGUCAAGAGACAAGAAGUAAUGCAGUGAAGAUUUUAAAGUUUGGAGAACUGACAAAAUAUUUUUGGUCAGUCCAUACAAGCCUUGAUUAGGCGUCUGUUUUCGUAGAAUUAUAUUACAGUGUUUUUUCUCAUAUAUCUUGAAGAUGUGAAUCUUCUGCGACAAAAAUAAAUAAAAACUGUCUGCUGCAUUUCUAAAGUAUUCAAAAUCGCCUUCCAAAGAAAAAUAUUGAAAUAAAACAGGCACUGGAGUACGACGUCCAUUAACUAACUUAUUCAAAGUGAAAAAAAAAGUUCCCUUUUUUUUAAGAAAGUGGGUUGUAAACUCCAUCAGUAAUAAGCUACGAACUUAUGAAGUACUGCCCGGAAGCCAUAACCGAAAUUACACAAGAAGUUUCAGAGCUUCGCGACGCUUGUUUUAGAUGUAAUCCCUUGAUGGGUGGACAGAACAGGAACGCAGUAAUUGGUACCUUAUUUUUAAAAAUUGCAGAAUGAAUUUGAAAUUUUCUCGUUUUCAUCAAUAAUCUUUAUUUGCAGGCAAUACCUGAAAUUCAAGGAAGUGAGGUCUGAAUCGCAAAGCUGUAAGUAUUCGAUAAAAUACAGUUCUGAAAUUUGGAAAAAAAGAAAACUGAAUUAUUUACUUUUUAUUUCACAGAUACCGUUAGUGGUGUUACCGCUAGGACAUUGGAAAUGACUGUGGAUGAGGGGGAGGACAAACCAGAGACUGAGGAACAACGUACCCAGACUGCAAACAUGGUUAGUUCUAAGCGUUUCCAAUGUUUGCUAAGCCAACAGGACAAGAAUUCUGAGAGAAAUUUUCAAUUUAGGUGUCAAAAAUGGCGCGCUAUGAUUGAUGUAGAAAACUCGAGUACAGGAUGUCGGCGGUAGUUCACUACGUAUGACAUCACAACCAUGUACACUUGUUGUGGGAGGCAAUACAUCAUCACCAAAACCUGCUCUGACAACAAAGUUUAAAAACUUAGUUGAACAUAAGCGGUUCCAAAGAAAAUAAUAUUUUUCAAAAAAUCCUUUACCCUUCACACCCUAAUAUCAGUCUAUAUAUUCUCCAUACUGUUCUCUGUAUAUUUCCUAAGGUGUUGACAAAGAGAAUUUGUUUAACAAUCAAAAGUUUCUUUAUUUGAUAAUCCUUUCCUUUAUUCUCGUAGCCUUAAUGUAUGAUUCAGGGGUGAUAUUGUAAGGAGAAAGUAGAAGCCAACACUUUUAAAGGGCCACAGGGUCUAUAAAAGUUAGUUUUCGUUACUUCUUAAACAACAGAAGAAUUGAUCUAUUUUGUUGUUUUUUUUUGUUUUGUUUUUGCCGCAUAAUCAUGAAAGGUGACAAAAUUGAUUGACGACCUGAUCAAGAGCGUGGAGGAGAAUGAUUUGAUGUCUUGGCAGUUCAGUCGUUUGGUGGAAACCUUACGCAGGGCCUGCAAAAAAACUCUUAUCAAGAUCUGGGACAACUGCUACAAUGACGAGAAACGCAGGUUUGUCCAGAGAAAUCUCGAGUGUGAUCUUUUAGCAUGGUUUUUUAUUUGUCAUCCGAUGGUGCAACUUUUUAAAAAAAUUUUAUGAUUAUAUCAGUUAUGGGAUAAAUGAUUGUUGGACUUGUUGAUUGCUAACUUUACUGACUGACUGUUUGAUUUACUGUGUGACUGACUGUUCAAUGAAUGACAAACAGACAGAAGAACAAAUGAACUGACAGACUGACUGAAAAGCCGACUACAUAAAUGACUAGACUGAUCAAGAAGGUGAUUGACUGACACGCUGACAGACUGAUUAACUGACUGACUAAAUGACUGGGUGAUUGACUGACUGACUGACUGAUUAAUUGACUGACUGACUAACUUACUAACAAACUGACUGUGUGAUUGACUGAGUUAAUGACUGAUUGUAUAACUGAUGGACUGACCGGCUGAAUGACUGACUAACCAACUGACUGACUAACUAACUAACUGACUGUGUAAUUGACGGACUGAGUAGCUGGCUGACUUACUAACUGACUGACCAACAGAUUGACUGAAUUAAUGACCGCCUGGUUGGCUAACUGACCUACUGACUGGCUGACUUACAGACUGGCUGACUUACAGACUGAAUUUGAAUGAAUGACUCAUUGUCGGAUUGAAACGUUGCAACGUCUAAGAUAGGCGUUAAACAUCUUUCCAUUUGCUUUCCCGUUUCGGAUUGUAGGCAAUGGCUGCUGGAAGCUCUGCCUUAUGUGUACAAGGAGGAGGUCUUUGAACUCAUCUCAGAGAAAAUCAAGACAUUGGAACUGGACUCUGGGAGGGCAGUCUCACUUAUUCGUGGUCUAGCCUUAACUCCAAACCCAACAGAACAGAUGUGCUUGACCGUCGUGGUAAGAAAAAAGGCUUACGCUCCUGCUGUUUGUGCCACGAAAUACAAGACUAAUUAAAUAAUAAAAAAUGGUAUAGGUAAACUAGAAUUCAGCUUGCUGUCGUAACUCUUCCACGGAGCACGGUUUUUACCCAUUGAAAAUUGGAAUCUGGAGAGUUAAAUUUUGGGGAGUAAAGAAAUCCGAGUACCCGAAGAAAAAAAACCCUCAUAGCGGAACGAGACCCACCAAAAAACUCGGCUUCAGUGUCACUUCGGAAUCGAACCCAGGCCACAGGGAAGUGAAGCGAACGCUCCCACUUUCUGCCUCCCUGGUCCCCUCACUCCCUCUCUCUAAAGAAAACUUAAACGCUUUUUUCAUCUUUCUUUUUCUUUUUGAAGGAUCUCUGUUCUGGUUCUGUUGUCCAAGCAGACGAGACUCUGAAGAAAACCUGUUACCUUACUGCCGGUGCCUUGAUGCAUGACUUCUGCAAAGACAAGGACGUCACUUGCCUGCCCAACCAAGUGGCUGUAAGUUUCCUUUUGAUGUGAUGAUAACUUGUUUCUGAGUGGUUGAUCGUUGCGCGCCAGUCUUCAAAUCCUCGAAACGACCUUGGUAUGGAUGUCUGGAAUGCUUUGUCAUCGUUGUAGAAUGUCCUUGGUCACUCAGAAAUAUUCAUGAAUGGUUUUUGAUUGGAUGAUUAUUGCGCGCGAGAGUUCAAGUCCCCUUUUCAACCAACCAAUCAGAAAGGGCGUAGACGUCAUCUGUAAGGAAUUUCUGGUGCCCGACCUUAAACAUAGAAACAUUAAAGAUAAUAUUUCGAUAAAGUAAUUGAGUUUGAAUCAAGUAAGCAAUUUUUUGUAAUUUCAGGAGAUUAAGAGUCGUUUGCAGUACGCCAGUUACCGUGAAAAGAUCUUCAUCUUGAAGGGCAUCGGUAAUUUCGGUCACAGAGAUUUUUACCAACCUCUUUUGGAAAUUAUCAAGGACAACAGGAACUCUCUGGAAUUACGCGUCACAGCUGUGUAUGCUCUACGAAGAAUCGCUCCGAAAAUUUCACAAAAGGUAAUUCACCCAAUCCCCCACCCUUCCCCCCUGAAAAAUUAAAAUUCAGGUGAUGCAUUAUUGAUAUAUUUGUUACUGCUCGCCUCCUUCCCAUUCUCCCGAGCUGUAUUGAGGCUCAAGAAAUAAGGUCCCUUGAAAUAAUCGCUAGCAUUUACUAAGACCCACAGGAAAUCUAAAAAUCAAUAAAUUAUGUGUUGCGAGUUUUGCUGUAGUCGAUCAUUCAGGUAUUUAGUCAGCCAGUCCUUCAGUGAUGCAGUCAGUCUGUCAUAUAUAUUCAGUCAAUGUGUCAUAUAACGAGUCAUUCUGUCGGUCAGUUGAUCAAUCCGUGAAUUAGACAGCGAUGGUACUUUAUCAUUUUCCAACAAAAUAUUAAACAAAAACGUCAGGAAAAUACCUUUUCACUAACUGCGUUAAGAAGCGCAACUUGUAUCGGUUGACGAGAACUGCGAACCCUCUUGGUUUAUUGAAAUCUCACCCUCCCCUCCCAAGGUAUUGCCAGUGUUGUUAGAGAUCUUCCGUCAACCAAACAACGACGCCGAACUGCGCAUGGCUUGUUUUGUGAUCAUCUGCGACUGCAAACCUGGUCCAGCGGUGUUCAACUUGGUAGUCAAGCAGCUCUAUUACGAGCGCACCAAUCAAGUGCGAUCUUUUGUGGUGUCUUACAUCAAGGGGAUGGCUUUCUCCAGAUACCCAUGUGACGAAAAAAUGUAAGUUACAAUAACAAAAAUUCAAUCAUAUGACACGUGUUAUUGGUAAGAGAACACUAAUUGACGAGGUCUGGGCUCAGGAUGUUAAGAAAAUCUCGCAAAUAAGGUAAACUGCCGACACAAGUGGUUUGUCGCUAGAUUUGUUUUUACGCUCAAGAGACCUGAUUUUCCCGUUUCAUAGACAAUCAUCGUGUUCGUCCAAUUGUAACGUUCCUUUUUUCAGAAACCUAACCAAUUAGAGUGUAAUUCCAAAACUCUGGCAAACUGUUCGUGAUGAACAUGGAAAUCUUUUUUCGCAAGCAUUUUAAUAUAAACUUAAACCAGCACACAGUUAAGAUAAAGAUAAAUUUCAUGACGAAAAAGAGGGACAUCUAAGUAAAAAUGUAAAAACACAGACUUGAAGUGCGACGAAACAAGAGCGACUUGUCACUUGUCAAAAUUGGUUUUGUCUUUGCCUUUAGUAAAAUAACAGGAAAAGAACGCUGCGUUCAGCUUGGAAGUUGUUUGUGUAGGCAAAGAGUGACAGUUUUAUCCAAAAGGAAUUCCUCAUGCUAAGCGCGCGACAUUUCAACGUUUAAAGUUGUCUUGGAAGGAGCUCAGUCUAUGAUCGAUCUCCAUUUACCAUCUGUAUCCUCAAACCUGGUCAAGAAGCGAUUUUUUUUAAUCUUUGAUAAAAGGCGCUGUUUAGCUGACAAAGGCUUACAUUCAAAGUCAUGGCUAGUUAUUUUGUCUUAUUUCAGGGCUCAAACCGCACGAAUCGCUCUCCGAAUCGCCCUUCGAGCGCUUAAGAGAUACAAGAUAAACCCAGUGAACUCCAAAUGGCUCCACUUUGGCGACUUCUCCGGUUAGUACAAUAAAAAUUAUUUCACCAUAUGGCCCAAAAGUUAAUGUUUUUAUUAACACACUUCCAUGGUGUAGGUCUCCUUAGCAAACGGAAACAAAACAUAAAAACACGGAGGGAAAACAAGGUCAUAAACUGCAUAAAAGCGUAGAGAGGGGAGGGGGACGUUAUUCCAAUGACUUGUUUGAUUAUUGCGCAUACACUAAUGUCGUUAAACCCAAGGGGGCGUUCAUACAGUCUUGCACACACACCCCCCCUUUUUUUUUAACUAUGCACAAACACAUCUUUUGAUUCUCUUGUUCAUUUUCUUUCUUUAAGAUCUUCUCCAGAUGGGAAGUUCAGUUGAUCUUCGCAUGAUUUCCACGCCAUCAAGCUUCAUCCCGAGAGCUAUCAACUCUAAAGUCAAACUACACACUGGUAUGCUUGGAAAAUCUCUGAAUCUGUUCGAGGUGAGUUAAAGGAUCACUGAAAAUCUUGCUUUGCCGGUGAAAGAAGACUUAAAAUAGACCUUUCUGUAACAUAAUCUGAUUGAGUUGCGUGAAAUGAUCGCUAGAAAUGUUGCUUUGCUGGUGAUAAAGGACUAGCGAAAUGUUCCUUUAAAAAAAAAAGGAAAAAAAAAGGAAAAGAGGAAAACAAAAAGAAGGAAACACGAAACACUGAACAAAUUGAACGAUUGCAAGGACCGCUGACUAGCAGAUAAAGCCACUUCGAAGUUGUAUUUGGUGUCCCUCUCUUGUUUUUAGUCUGGGCACUGAAUUGAAUCCAGCUUCAUGAAAUGCAGGUCACGUUGUCUGAUUUCCUUGAAUUGAUUCGAAUCGAUUAAAGAAGAGACGUUAAGGUUUGAACCUUCAUGAACAAGUUUCAGUCAUGGGGUAAAAGAAUUUUGUUCCCUUCUAGACUGGCAUCCGUGGUGAGGGAAUCCAAGAGCUGCUCCAACGUGUCAUGGGACCAAGGGGACACUACAGCGAAGAUAAGAGUCUGUUUGGCUUGCUCAGACCGAAACGAAGCUUAGACAAGAGUCUGAAUGGGAAAGAAAUCAAGGAAAUCCAAUACCAGGUUGGUGAACCAGGUUAUCCAGGAUUAAAUCAUAAUGAUGCAGUGACACAAGUCAGCUAAUGGGUAUAUACAAUCCAACUAAAGAGAAAAUUUACUCACUUAACAUAGGUCCUUACCCUGAGUUGCGGCUUUAAGUCUGAGAUCCGUAUGGAUGAUACACUGACAUACUCAGAGAAGCCAACCAAAGCUCGGGAUAUCGCUUAAGGAUUACCCUAAGCAUGACCGUAAACCACAUUUCAAAAUACCGGGGUAGAAUUAAAAUUUAUGGCAACCUAACUCCAAAAUAUCCAAGCUAAAAUUACAUUACACAGACACAAGGACAUACCAGAAAAAAGGAAUACGAUCUAGAUAUCUAUGGCAAAGUCUAUGCCUGAGAUAGUAGCCUUGGCUCAAUAUUCCGAGGCGAGUUGUGCACAGCUAUAUCAUGAGCUGCUUUUCUAUCAAACAGCUGCCAACCGCUGAACAUGAAGAGGAGAAAGCCAAAGGUUCCUUCUACUUCAAAGUUUUUGGAAAAGAACUGUUCUAUAAUUAUUUCACCUAUGAUGACGUCAAAGAGUUAAUCGAAGAUGGAGUCAUCAGAGUUAGCAACGAUUUGAAGGACCUGCUGAAGAAAGGUUGGGAAAAAAAUGAAUCGAGUUAAAGAUAAAUUUCCUUUUUUUUUUAAUCCAAAGUGGGAAGAACUUUUCGAUGAGAAUUUGUCAAUGUUUUCCAUCUACAUGGAAAAAGCACAUGUAGCGUGACGUUCGCUGGUAUAAAUGAGGCUUCCAUGUCAGUUCAAAUGGCUAAUUUUUUUUAUUUUUUCAAAGGUAAAAAAUGGAAUAUGUCCAAAAUCCUCCGUCCAAUUGAAGUGAAGAUACGCCAGCCCUCGUGUGCCGGUCUGCCCCUGGAUUUCUCUGUGGACAGCGUUUUGUUCCUGCGUUUAAACACCACGGUCAAAGCUGAGGUUCAACCCCGAUUCUUCAUUCCUCUUCCCGAUCAAGUCACUCUUAGUGGAAAAUUGAACGUUAGGUAUGAAAAUAAGAACCCAGAGCGUUAAUUUCGAUGCUGAACUGAAAAAGUUAUUUUAGAUAAUUGAUUUUUAUGAGCCAUCGCUCUGCUCAUCGAUAUUUUGUUUUGUCUUUUUUCGCGUGCUGUUUUUCCUAGUGUUCUUCAUUCUUUGUGGGGAAAAAUGAAAGUAUCUCUGCCUCAGUUGGAGACUGGUAGCAAGCUAACGAUCCACACCAAUAUCACCACUGGAUUAGGUGGCAAAUUCCAGUGCAACCUCAGAAAUCAAAGCUACACCACAGAAAUGGACUUGCCGCAAGAGAGACAGGAGAUUUUAUCAACUAGGUAAGUGAUUUAUAAGCCUUUUAUGGACAGAUACCAAGAGAUUAAAAAAAGGUUUAUAAUCUCUUGCACUUACUUAGAACCUUUUCUCGAAAAUGGUAUAUUCCUUUUCCCCAACCCCCCCCUUUUUAUUUUUUUCGCACAACUGAAUCGUUAGGAGGGAAGAUUGAUGAAACUCAAGUUCAGGGAUAAGAUUGUUGUUGUUUAUACCUGCUGCUGUCACCGCUUAGCCGAAAGUUGCUUUCUAUUACAUCUAGAGAUUCAAGUUUACCGUAUGGCAAGUGCUUUGGGUUAAACUAGGUUCUGUGUGCCUCUAUAUUUCUGAGUCCCACCACCCAUUUUAAAGCGCUUUCAAUCAAGACUGAGUCGAAUUUGAUUUAAUCACCAGAUGUACCUUAAUUGAAUACCUUUGCAAAAUGCAAAGACAUCCCCUAAUCUUCAACUUGUUUCAACUUUCCUUCCAAAUCUUUCAGAAUUGUCUUGAUAAUAAAUUCCAUUUUGUUAUUUCUUCUCAUUUUUCAAUCCUACGGAUGUUAAAUGGUGUCCUGUUAUUAAGGAUAUCAAUUUUGUUUCUCGUUGUCAGGAAAAAACUUUCACCUUAAUCAUUGUUUUUGGUUACAGCAAGGCGAGCAACACUUGGCUGAUGUACAGGAAACCUGUCACAGGUUCCAAGAAUUGGUCUUCAGUCUACAGGAGCACAGAGCUGGACGGAUUUGAAAUCGGAGAAGUUACUGAGGUAUGCAACUGAGGGCAGUGUAUGUCGCUCUAAAAAAUGUGAUAUGAAAUAAAAUAAAAAAUCUGACCCUCCUAACAUUUGGAUCCCUUUAACCUCCAGUGUUGGCCAAAAGGUCUUGAGACCUUUUCUUCUAGCUACCUCGGGAACGUUACUAAAUGGUUCUGGUAUUGCUCUUGUAACAAUCUUCAAAUAUGCCGUACAAACGGUACCCCUUCCUAGAAAAAUGAUAACAGCGACUGAGAAGAUUCAAAAGCUGAAAAUUAACAUUUUAGUGGGCAAACGAAUGAAUAGUUGAGAUAACGCGUCUAUAGAACGUUACAUUUAGCUUUCCUUACUGGUGUCCUUAAUAUUAUUGCCAAGAUUUUACCUCUACGUGUUUGUGUCAAGAUCUCAAAAAAUGGUUGGCGGCGAUGGUGGAGAAGGGAACGGGGGUACUGGCUCGCAGCGCUUUUUUAGACGUCCCUUUCGGUUUUUUAGGGUUUUAUGCAACUAUGUUACUUUCUGUGUAGCUUUCCAACUGUGAAUUUCUUUGAAACAAAAAGGUUUGGUAGAGGAGAGGUAAAGAAUGUUAUUUGUGUGUAGCUUUCCAACUGUUGACUGUUUUUCUUUAAAACACAAAAGAUUGCCAGGGGACAUCAUCAUCAUCGCUAUGCCAACUGGACUCUGAAGGCAGGCAAUGGAAAAUACCUGUCUGUGAAUGAGCACAAUGAACUCGUCUUAAGCGAGCUACCUACUGUCUUCAAAGUCUACUUUAUCGACGGAAAUCAUCAAUUUGUGAAACUUUUUGUCACCGGAAAGGGAUUCGUUAAGGUAUUUUUAAAACUCAUAAUUUAUUGCAAACAAACAAGUAAUUUAAUUCCUUAGCUACGUUAGCGGGUCCGAUGUUCUCCAGGUUUAUAUUGCUUUACAUCUCGUCACGCACGUUGCGUGCAGUCACGUUGCCUAUUAAUGGGUUUGGUUAAACCGCGCAGCACUGCGUUCAUGCUUGGUCAUGUUGUAUUUUGUAUUUAUAAUAGACUAUCAUGUUAAGUGCCUCAAGUGUUAGUUAACUUCUAUUUGCGUUACCUUGUGGCGGAUUGCAUUACGGCACGUCACGCGGUGUGACACUUCGUGGUGCUGCACCAGGCUGCUUGAAUCGAGUUCAUAGAUAGAGCCUAUGCGUUGACAUGCAUAGCUGGACUGCAUAACUAUAACACCUCGUAUCUAUCGUGCAUUUUUUUUUAUUAGGUGAGGCCAAAUUCCCAAGGGUGUUUAGAGACUGUGCAUGAUAAUCGCUACCCCAAGCUCUUCAAGAUCACAUUCGUGAAUGGUCGCCGUCAUGUUCGCCUCGCGACAGUUGUGUAUAUUCACAAAGAUGCAUCCAAGAACCCUGUGGAAUGGACCCGCGCAACCGUCCCUAUGAACACGGAUCAAGUCACGUUAUUCCAACACAUGAUCGAAGAUAUUGAGCCACAGAAGGGAUAUGAGGAGAAAUGGCGCUAUAUCAGUGACUUGCCCUUGAAUUCGCCUUCGCAUAAUGCUGAGAAGAGUGACGGACUGCAUCCGCGUCAUAUGAAAAUCGUUUUUGUUACACCUGUGGGAAGCAAGCUUUGUUUGAGGCCGAGCCAAACCAAAGAAUCUGUGCUCUCUGUAAAGAGGCAUCACACAAACUCGAGCGUAAGUGUCAUAGGAAAUAUAUAUACUCCAUUUUUCCAAACCGCCUUAGACAAAAGCUGAUAUCAAGUGGGAAUGUUUGCGGCAUCUCGCUCCUUUCUUGUGUAACAUUUAGCACUAUUUUAAAUAAGAAAGAGCAGCUAGUUUUCAUUUGUAUAUGCCUGAUAGGAUAACUUUUCUUGAAUAGAACAUCCCCGUAAAAAACUAUAGCUAAAAGUAUCCCGCGGCGAUAUGAACAAAUUCAAAAGAGACUUCAUUUGACUUAGAAAAUAGGAACAACAGCAGCAUUCGUUUAAAGCAAGUAAGUGUCUGAAUUUUUUUUACAUGUUCCCGCAGGAACUGUGCUAUGGCAAACAAAUGCUUGGUUUUGAUGUGUGCUUGAGUGGCAGAUACAUAAUGCCACACAUUCCCCACCCUCCUGCUUUCCCGUUCAGCGGUCCAGCCAGGCUCAACAUCUUCGUCCAACCAAGCAGAGAUCCAGCUCAGAAAAUCCAGCUUAAGGUAGCAAAAGAUCAUCAUUAACAACAUUGUCUUUUUAACCUUAUGUUAUUAAUUUGGUCGAACUGUCAGUUUAAGUGAUUAAUUUUCAUCACCCUUCAUCAAUCUUUUUAAUUGAAAAUUACUUCAAUGCAUCUUUUUAUAUUUACGAAAUACUGUUUUGUGUACAGACAGACCUACAGUCAUCACGUGACAACCAAACUUACUCGGCCCUAUGAGUUUCAUAUUUUCUUUGGUUUGGGGCUCCGCUUUUGGGAGAGUAAUGAUGCAAUGCAAGGUCCACUUGGGUUUUCAAAAUGAAUGUCACUAUAACCAUCAUUAAUUGCCUUUAGUUUUACCGUCCUUGGAGUGAUCAUACGUUUUGGUCGAUCAUUUAAUUCCUUGAAUAAAAGAUACGUUUUCCCAAUCAUAAACCGUCUAUGGGGCGUUGUGACGAACAUUUACGUCUAUUAAGCAUCAUUUAGCAACUUGUGAAGCUCAAAAAUCCACCGUCCUAAGAUCUAGAAGUAAGAUCUGAAAAGAUUAGAAGUAAGAUCUAGAAGUAACUCCUCUGUAGGUUCGAAGCGACCUCAUUCUUUUGAUAAUUUGAAGAGGCUCUUAAAUUAUGAUAGGUACAGAUAUUUUUGGAGCAGUAAUUGGGCGCUUUUUAUACUUCAUUUUCACUGAUCUCAUAUUUGACUUAAUUUAUUGUAGUUUGGCAAAGGAGACAGAUUCAAUGAACACCUAAAGACAUGGAAGGCCGGAAUUUACCUUCAAGGCACAAACCCUGAGAAAAAAAUUGAGGCUGACGUCAGUUAUGACGUCGACAAUCAGAGGACUGACGUCACCGUCGAUAUCCAUAACAUGUACCCAUGGCUGAGGAAAGUUUGCAUUGUCAACCAAGUGACCAGUAAUGAUGAAGUGGAGUUCGACUUGAGAUUUGGUGAAAAUUGCCUCAAUGAUUAUGAAGUGCAGGUAAGCAUGGGUGUAGGGUGGGGUGAGGAUGAAAAGUUGCUGUGAUGCAAGAGAAUACUAGGUGAUAUUCCCUCGCUGUGAUUGCGCAUGCGUGUCGGUUGGGGCCGCGGAUGGAAAAUAGCCGUGCUAAGCACUCAACUGAAAAUUACUACUCACUCAGCAUUAAAUAUUUCACAGGAAAACGACUUCUGACGAAGCGUCAUUUCUCUUGACGAGUUUUUUUUUUUGGAACCAAUUUUUCUUUUAUUAUUUUGAACAUUUCAAGUCCGUAAAAUCAAGAGGACUGGUCAUCAUUUGUCGGAGGGAGGGGAGGGGGAAAAGAGUUUGGAGAACAUUGGCUGUGUCACGAUAGAAUUGACCUGAUCCCCCCCCCCCCCCCUACCCAGGCUCUGUAUGACCCCCCUUCCCUUCAUCGGUAGUAAAUUGACUGAUACCCCCUCUGCUCCUCCUAAAACCCAUGUGAUCUCCCCCAAAAUCCUCCACACUCCGUCCCCCCUCUCCAAGGGGACAAAGAAGGACUGAUACCUGAGGCACUGGAUACUUAUCGAUAUACUUUUGCAACAUCACCCCAACCUUUCGCAUAAACGAUCGCCAAAUUUAUAAAUUUCGUAAUGAUAAUUUCUCGUUAGACCCGUAUCUCCAUCAAAGAACCAAGCCGCAGACAACUGAACAUCGUGACUUCUUACAACAAACUGCCAGAACCAGUGCUAAUGAUGUGCUACAAACUUCUGAAAAAGUUUUCUCAGCGCUAUUAUCACAGGUAAGGGUGGUUUAAUCUUCUGUCUAUGGCUUUCCCUAUUUGAGUUACGAAGAAAACUACCCUCUAUAUUUUAGGUGAUUCCUCGGGAAAAAAAAAUUUUAUCCAACAUUUCUUUUUAAAAUUUUCCUCAAAUAUUUUCUACCAAUGUCUGCUUCGAAAAAUGUAAUUGAAAAGAUAGGUCACCGCGAUUUUUAAAGAGAUGUGAUGAACCAAACUUACCCCAUUCAUGUCUGUACCGGCGCUAAUCACGUGCGUCUUUCAUCGGUUCACGGUACACUUUAAUUUAGCGGAAGCAACGGUUUUUAAAGAAAGACUCGCAAAAAAACUUGAAAGGUAUAUGAUUUGUGGAAAAAUCACGCAAUUUUAAACGUCAUCGACCCAAAACGUCCUUUUUGUCAGCAUAACGGCAGAAAUGAUGCUAUAUCGCUGGGCAUUAGUCUAUCCUUUGUAUCGGUAUCUCGCUGAAAUAAUGACUGAGAUCCCUUUCACAUUUGAAUCGUUUUGGUUGGAAGAGGAUUUAUUAUGAAACGACACUGAAAGAGCAUUGAGAAGUUCACUGGUAACGUUUUCUGUUUCCUUGCAGGCUCAGCGAUUGGGAAUUUGCUAGGAACGAGCCGAACAAAGUCGAAUUUGUUGUGAAAUUUCAAACUGACCAACUUGUUGAUCUUCAACUCAACACACCUUCUCAUGUGAUGACAAUGGAAGACGUCGAGUUCAAGAGCCAAGGUUUUCUUCCUCGGGGAUCCAAUUACUACAACACAUUUAUGCAUGUGUCUACACGUGAGUGGAGUUAUAAAGAAUAUAUUCAUAUUAAUGAAAACUUUGAAAAAAUUAACGGAGACUGUUCCCACAGUGGUGGUUUCCUUUCAUGCCAUGUAACCUGGAACAAGCCAUCACUUUGAUCAUAUGCAUGACUCACAUUUUGUUCAUUUUCAGCGGUUUGCACCGUGGAGCAGGACACUUUGAAAACCUUUGAUGACGUCGAGAUCCAACAUACGUUACCAGACAGGUGCAUGCACGUGCUGGCCAAAGACUGCACAAAGAACAACUCCUUCAUAGUACUCAUGUCCAAAGACACUCGACAUCCUGAUAAGAAGAUCAUUGAAAUAUUAGUGGAGCAGGAAAAGAUACGAAUAGCACAUUUGGGAAGCGCAGGAUAUCAGAUUCAGGUACGCAUUUAUAUUUUCUCUAAUUUCUUUUGGUUUCCUUAUUUUUGCCUCAUUUUUUCCAGACAUCCUUUCUUCGACUCUUCUGCACCUUUACCCUCGAUCUUAAUUCAUGUCGACUGUCACCAAUUUUCCCUGUUUUCAUCAACCAUCGGCACUCAACAAUCGACUUAUCAUGCCGACUAAAGAAUUCCAUCACGAACAGAACGACCUUACUUUAGUAGCUGAUCAAAACUAGCCAAUCCCUUAUGACUUAGUUUACGUGAUUCUUACAGUCGGUUCCAUCCUGGCAAUGCGGCCAAUCUGUUUUCACGAAUCAGAAUUAUAACACUUCACUGAGAAGCAACUUCUCAAAACCUCGGUGACUGUUAUCAACAGCCGCUAUCUUCAGAGUCACCCUUACAUGGACGAUCAGACCACACAAUCAGCCAUAUAUUUUUCAUCAAUCUGAUUCCUUUUGCAAUUCGUUUUGAUCUGCAGGUCAACGGAAAAAUCCAACUAAAUCGGCCGAUCCGCCACAAGAACAUCGCCACCAUAAUCGAAGAACCAGCAAGCGACAAACUUCAUGUUUUGUGCGAUAUUGGUCUUCAAGUAGAGAUCGUGCGUGGAAGCAAAGUAUGUGUUAAAUUAACAUGCUAAAGCAGCUGCGCGAAGAAACCUGAACAUUGCCUUUCUUGUAGCGUGAGAGAAUGAAGCGCCUGCUGCGGGCGUCUUCCCCACGUCUUCUCCCCAGACUUUCAUGCGCGAAAUCACGUGGGAAUUUGUGUGAGCGAUAUAUACACGCCCCCUCACGCCUGAUGAAGGCUAUGAAAUCGUGCUUCACGCGUAAUAUAGUACAGGCGCGUUUUAGAUCGUUCGAGAUUAGACACAUGCCAUUUUAUUCAUACGCCAAAUAAAACGCGCACAUCUGUUUUCCUCAUGCGCUAGAGAGUAGAAGCGCGCACCUUUCCUCACGAGUUCACGUGCAUCUUUUUUCCCGUGCGAGGUCAGUCAUUCGCAGUUCACUUCAUGCACGAGACACGCGCAAUUUCCAGCACACGUGAGUUGAGAUGCGCGUGUUUUAUACCCUGCUAAGUGUUAAAUUCUACUCAAUUUUCUUCCUGAUUUUCUUCUGAACAGAUUAAUAUCCGUGUAUCGCGAUACUAUUUCGACCGUACUUGUGGCAUGUGUGGUGACUGUAAUGCAGAACAGUUCCGUGACCUGAAAACCCCACAAGGCAAAGUAUUCACCGACUCUGAUAAUCUGAUGUAUGGUCGUAUGUGGAUGGUGACCAUGGAUACUUGCAAAGGUAUGUACACAAACAACAUCUUACAGUCUCUGUGUGUAUUGGGUGCGGCUCGUUCUAAACCUCUACGUUGACAGUUGCGAAAGAAUAGGAAAAAAGAUAUAUAACUUCAAAAACGCACGGAAAUACGGGGAAAUACAAACGAGGGCAGCUUUCUCCCUUCGUUAGAAGCUAUAGACAUGAGGGCCGAAAAGAAGGGGAAAUGAACGUCUGCGGGUAUUUACUACAAUCUGCGCUUUUUUUCGCAGCUGGAUGUAACCUCAAGAAAGAGUACCUCAAGGUUGACAGAACCAUCAACGGUGAGAGCCACGAUUGCUACCCUACUAGCCCAGUCCUCCGCUGUCAUAAUGGUUGCCAGGCUACCAAAACCAGGAUGACAUCAUUCCCUAUGACUUGCGUGGAGACUGGAACUAAGGAAUCACAGAAAAUAUCGGCUAACUUGGGAAAACCCAGUUUCGAUUUGACCGGAAGUGUCGUGUACUUCAGGGAAAAUCUGGAAGAGGAAACAGAGUGCAACUGCAGUAGCUGUCAGUAGUGAGCACCCAUUCUCAAGGGAAUUUGACCAAGUUACCAGGAAGUGAAACGGACCGUUACUAAGGACUGAUUUUAAGGCUAUCGCACAUUUAAUUUUUUUUAUUGAUUACUAGGAAAGAAAUUGCUCAAUAACCUCGUGAGAUUAAAACAUUAAAAAGUUUUGUUGCAUUUUUUCCCCUUCAAGUGGCAGUUCUUUAUAUCAGUUUUAAAUAGUUGCAGCAAUGUUUCUCUUUUAUAAAGAGUAAAAAUACCUUAAGAGAAUUAUGUAUUUGAUAACACUUGAGUUGUAGAUUUAUUUUGCGCUCUUCGUAACUUACAUUUCUGUUCAAGUGUUAGUUUCUCUCUAUCUCUUUUUUUUUUCGUUAUGUUUUUGGGUUUUUUUUUUGCAAGUUUUCAAGUAUACCAAUAAGUAAUCAAUAGGGUGCCGAUAAUAAAUAAAAUAAAGUAUGAAUUUGUCUGCCUUUUUUCAUGAUAAAUUCUAAUGAGGGUAGGAAUUCUUCCUUUGCCAGCUUCGUGGCGAAACGUGUGGAAAAACAAGAAUGAAACUUUCAAAAGGCACAGCUCCUGAGUGGGCAGAGAAAAUCCCUUAUGAGUAUCAAAAAAGAAUUUUGUUAAUUAUCAAACUCAAAAGCCCAUUGACGAAUUUCUGUUGUUUCGCCAUUCUUGUCUUUUUAUGUCUCCCAAAAAGAGGUUUUUAAGGGCAUUUAAUGGCGCAUUGGAAGGGCGAUCAUCAGUCGUCUUGACGUGCAGUGGAAAUUUCCUCUGAAUAUUGAAACAGUGGAAUUUUUAUAGUGAGUUGGGAAACAAAGGAUAGGUCAU